CUGGAGUGCCUGCAGAGCAGCUCCUGUCAAUCAUGCAGUUGGUCCGGCCCCUCUUCCUAUUGCACUCAGACAGUUGAGGUUCUUCCGUAUUUAGGUGCCAGGACUGAGUGGCUUCUAUAAUCCCCCAAACCCUUUUUUAGUGAUGAUACACUGCUGGGAGGUAUGGAUAAAAUUGGAGAUCAACUCAACAAAGCCUAUGAAGCAUAUCGGCAGGUCUGCGUGGAAAAAGAGCGUUUUAAAAAAGAUUUGACUAUGAAGACUGAGUUAUAUGAACAGCAAAUUCGUGACCAAAACAACCAGAUACUGCAAUUAAAAGGCUGGAUUGCUGAGUUGAAGGCUCAACUCCAAACCUUUACUGGACAAGGCUUUUCUCCUGGUCCACCUCCAUCUCCUAAAAAUGAGAAUGCCGAAUGUCGGAGAACCGAAACAGUAUCUAAUCUAUCUUAUGAGCAGCUACAGGAACAGCUAACACUCAGUAAGCUCCAGAAAAUGCAUUAUAAGGAACAACUGGAAAUUGAGCAUCUCAAAUCAAAGAAAAUGGAGGAAGAACAAAAAAAGUUGGAAUCUAUUCUUCUGAUUAAAAAUGAAGAAAUCCGGGCCUUAAAAAAUCUUUUAAAAGAGGAGAGAACUAAAAAAAACACGCAAGAAUUUCCUCCCGUGAGAUCUCCUCUUGAUGAGUCUACAAGGCAAGGUGCUGAGCAGCUUUUCUGUGAUCUAAAGGAUGAAUUCAGUCGGAUUUGCAAGUUAACUAGAGAACAAAGCCUCCGUCUGAAUAGGUUUUUCAAGAAGGAAAAUGGAGCUGCAGAUGUUCCUAUGCAGUUCUCGAUGCCUGUUCAGUGCACGGAUGAAACGAACGAUAAAACGCAAGCAGCAGAGAAUCCGAAGUUCCAGAAAAGCAAAGCCGCCUUUGCUUCCAUUACCCCAAGAGGACUGGGCCCCGACGAUGAACUGAGCGUCUCGGUGGAAUCCCUCUCUAAUUUAAGUGUUAAGUUUCCACCGAGCGACGAAAACUGUGAGUUUCUAGAGAGCUCUCCAGAAAUUGGACCCCUUCUGAGGCCGGCUUCUGAUAAAAACGCGCCCCAUGAUGCCUUACAAAAAGAAGCUCCGCUUUUCCCGAUGAAUUUCGAUCCCAUACCGUGCGGCUCAUCGGGUAAAGAGCCGUUAACGGGAACAGUUUCUGAUCUGAUGGCGCUCCGGCAUCUCAACAUAAGAAGUAACUACAAAAAUAGCUAUUUGGACUCGGAAAAGGACGAUAGCGCCUCACGGGGGGAGAACAGUCCUUUGAAAAAAUAUACAGUCGAUUACUUUAUUCAGGGCCUCGCUGAGGGAAGUGAACCAUCAACUCCCACUGGAAGGACUGUCCGAGGACCACAACAGGCGAUCUGGAAACCUUCUAAGCAUGAAGAAAAUGAUCUAAUCGCCCCAGGGUGUGAGAAGUGGGAUCAGGACAGUGCUGAUAUAUGUGAAUUCUGCCAAGCCGUUUUCCCACCAUCCUCCAGAACUAGUGGGGAUUUCCUCCGGCAUCUUAAUUCACACUUUAACGGACAGUCCUAGAAUAUAUUUCAAAGUAUAAGAAAAAACAAAAAAAAAUAGGUGUGUGUGUGUAUGUAUAUUUACAGUUUUUAUUUAUUAUAAUUUUGUACCAAAUAUAAUUUUGUGACAAACGGUUUUAUGAAGCAUAGAAUAUGUCACAUUUUUAUUUUACCAUUUUUUUUGUUAAAUAAAAAAUAUAUAAUAAUUCUAAAAAUAAUCACCAAUAGACAAAUGUAUUACAGGCUUGGAAUGAUGUCAUGAAAGAUUGCUGAUCGUUCCAUUUGUCUUCCUUUUGUUGAAAUAAAAGCAGCACUUAUCUUGGUUUCCAAAAAAAAAGGUGAAAUUAUUUUCCCUAAAGCACAAACACA